AUGGAAAGUGAAAGUAUUCCUUUAAGCAACUCAUGUCCUCAUGAGUUGAAAAAAUCGGUCGAUGCCAUUAGUAUUUUGCUUGUAGACGAUGACACAACGUGCCUUGCCAUUGUUGCUGCCAUACUCAAGAAGUUCAAAUAUGAAGUUGUGACGGUCAAACAUGCCAAUGAUGCUUUGUGCACCCUCCGUAUAAAAGGGGCCACUUUCGACCUUGUCAUGUCCGAUGUACACAUGCCGGAUAUGAAUGGAUUUCAAUUACAACAAGCCAUUGCUCAAGAAUUCAAUCUCCCUGUUGUUUUGAUGUCGGCCGAUGAUAAAGAAGGUACUGCCUUAAAAGGCUUGGAAAAUGGAGCUGCAUUUUUCAUAUACAAGCCCGUAUCUCCGGAUGACGUAAGGGAUUUAUGGCAAUUUGCGGCCAUGAACAAGAAGAGUCAAGUGGUGAUCGAGGAGGAGAAUGAAGAAGAUGAAACUAAUUACCAGACGAGAAAAAGAAUUCGUAAUGAUGAUGUCAUGAUAUCCGUAUAUGAAUCAGAUAGUGCGACUAGUAAUAAGGACUCGAAGAGAAAAUCUCCUAGAAACGAGGGCUCGGAUGACAAAAAGGGAGAAACUACUUCUCAAUGCGCUAAUUCGCAAAAAAGGCCGAAGAUUAUUUGGACUAAUUCGCUGCACAAUCGUUUCUUGGAGGCUAUUAGGAGCAUUGGUCUUGAUAGAGCUGUUCCAAAGAAAAUUCUGGAAGUCAUGAAUGUCCCUGGGUUAACUAGAGAAAAUGUAGCAAGUCAUCUGCAGAAAUACAGGAUUUUCCUAAGGAGAGUUUCAGAUGCAAGCUACAAAAUCCAAUAUUCCCCUGAUAAUGGUUUAAAUAAUAGAAACUUACUCAAGUCAAACCUUGAACCAUCAUCAACAACAACCCCUUCAACUCUAAUCCUCAAUGGACUCAACAAUUUCCCUUACCAAAAAACCCCACAAUUAUAUUUUCCUUCCGAAGCUUCCUCGGGAUUCGGACAAUCACGUUUUCUUACCAACAGAGGACUCAACAACAACCUAAGACUAAACAUCAGCAAUGCUGACAUCAUCAAUCAUAAUGUCGAUAAUCCGUAUAUCCACAAUAGUACUCUUCUCACUCCCAAUAUAACAAUGGAGGAUCUCUCGAGUGCCCUUUCGGCUACUUUAAACCCCGACACAAACCCGAAUUUCGUGCACCCUACAAACUACGUAGGGUACAGCAUAGCGAAUGUGGCGCACCACGGAGAAUCAGGUCUCCGUAAGGAAUGCCAAGGUUUGAAUUCGAAUUCCAAUUCGAGUUAUGAUAUAAAUUUGGGCGGCCAACGGUUUAGUAUCGGAGGAGGUGGCAUUGUUCAAACAUUGAACGAGAAUAAUAUAGAUGACGUGGAUGAUAAUAAUAAUAAUAAUAACAAUAAUAAUGAUUCUACACAACUGUCCGAAAAUAUCCAUAUGCAUUCUAGAGUGCGAAUACUAGAGUCGCCUUAUAGUCCAUUUUUCUAUAUGUCUCAACCUGAUUUUGGCUCGACUUUGGAAGAUCGCGUGAAUGUUCAGAAUCUGCAGGUCAGUGGGAAAGUUAUGUUCCAUCUUUUGAUUUACCUCCUCACCAGGCAAGAAUGUAGCACCUCUUCUCAACUAAAUGAACCAGUACUUGCACCACCAAUUGAGCAGCACAAUGACGAUGAUUUUCUGGAAUCUCUGCUUGCCCCUUUUGGAGAAGAUCAGACCUUUGAAGGAAUAGAGCAAUAA